CUGUAUUAGAAGGGGCGUCGGGUGUGCAGGGGAGCACUCCCAUCAUCACCAAAAUCCACUGAUCAUUCUUGUUUGUUUUGAUUUUAAGAAGAGAAUGGAUCCAUUCGGGACUUGGCUAUUUCAAUUCCUUCUCUGUUUAUUGCAAUACCAAGUUGCUGCUGCUUCUUCGUCAUCACCUCUUUCUUCUUCUGCUUCUUCAGCACACCUCCUGUGUCGUCAUGACCAGAGAUCUGCACUGCUGCAAUUUAAGCAUGUCUUUACUAUAGACAACGCUGCUUCUUCCGAAUGUGAUGAUGAGUCAUAUCCAAAGACCCUGUCUUGGGAUGGGAAUGCAACUGAUUGUUGCGAUUGGGACGGGGUCACGUGCGAUGGGUUGACUGGUCAUGUGGUUGGGCUUGAUCUCAGUUGUAGCCAGCUCAACGGUACACUCCAUUCCAACAGCAGCCUUUUCCAACUCUCUCACCUGCAACGGCUUAAUCUGGCUCACAAUGACUUCAUCAACUCUAGCAUUCCAUAUGCAUUUGGCAACUUGGCAAGUUUGACACAUUUAAACCUGUCAAUUUCUGCUUUUUCAGGUUCGAUCCCAUCUGAACUCUCCCUCCUGCCCAAAUUGAUUUCACUUGAUCUUUCUUCUUAUCGACUGAAACUUGAACCGCUCCAUUUCGAAAUUCUCGUAAAAAACCUGACCCAGUUACAAGAACUCUUCCUUCAUGGGGUGAGUAUAUCUUCAUAUUUGCCCGAUUCCUUGACGAAUUUGUCUUCUUUGACAGCUCUAGACCUGUCAUUGACCGGAUUGCUAGGGAACUUACCAGAUUCAAUUGCUUAUCUCAAGUCUUUGAAUUAUUUGAAUCUUGCCAUGUGCAAAUUACAGGGUUCCAUUCCUAAAUCUUUAGGGAACCUUACGCAGAUCCGUGAACUCCCAUCUACUCUCUCGAAUCUCAAGCAACUCACUCAAUUAAUACUCUACUCCAACAACUUCGAAGGUAGCAUUUCCGCUUUUGUUGAGUUCCCAAUGCUGAAGCAGUUAGAUCUACAAGAUAACAAUUUCAGUGGUGGAUUUCCACUUUGGGUUGCAAACUCGAAGCCGCUAGUUUAUCUACAGGAGCUCUACUUAUCUCAUAACUCUUUGAGUGGGGUAAUACCUCCAUGGAUGUUUACUCUUCCGUCGUUGGAAUCUUUAGACCUGAGUUCCAAUCGUUUAACUGGUCAAAUUCCAGAGUUCCAGCAUGAUUUACCAUUGAACUCCCUUGACUUGAGUGACAAUAAACUUCGUGGCCCAAUUCCGAAGUCAAUUUCAACUCUUGCAAAUCUGACCAGGCUCUUUCUUGCAUCAAAUGAUCUAAGUGGUGUUGUGGAUAUGCAAACACUCAAAAAUGUUGUGUACCUUUCUCUUUCCAACACUAAUCUAUCGAUGCUCGCUAUAAGCGGUGUCAACACUACCAUUCCCAACCUUAGGGAUUUCUAUAUGUCAUCUUGCAACAUCGAGGUGUUCCCUGAUUUCUUAAGAACCUCAGAGAAUCUUGAAAAGCUAGAUCUUUCUUACAAUAGAAUUCAUGGACAGAUUCCGAAUUGGGUUGGGUUCAUUGGGAAGGCUUCAUUGUGGUAUUUUAAUCUUUCACACAACUUUCUAACAGACAUAAAGCAACUUCCCUGGGAGGGACUAUACACUCUUGAUCUUCGUUCCAAUUUGCUUCAAGGAUCACUUCCCAUUCCACCACAUCUCAUACAAUUCUUUUUCAUCUCAAACAACAGUCUUAGUGGAGAGAUUCCUUCAUUGAUUUGCAAUGCAAGUUCCCUUAAGAUUCUUGAUUUGUCUCACAACAAGUUGAGUGGAGUGGUUCCACAGUGUUUGGGUAAUUUUAGUAGUUUUCUCACAGUGUUAAAUCUGCGCUCCAAUGGAUUUAAGGGAACCCUUCCCUUGGCAUUUGCGAAGCCCAACACAUUACGAAGUCUUGAUUUGAGUGGAAAUCAAUUUGAAGGACCACUUCCAAGAUCUUUGACAAAUUGUAGAAGCUUGGAGGUUCUAAACGUUGGAAACAACAAGAUUAAUGACACAUUUCCAUAUUGGUUGGGAACUCUUCCUGAAUUGCAGGUUCUUGUCAUACGAUCCAACCAAUUUCAUGGUCCCAUAAACACUAUGAUGAGUGAAAUUUCUUUUCCUAAGGUUCGAAUUCUUGACCUUUCUUACAAUGAGUUCAUAGGCCAUUUGCCAGGGUGGUAUUUCGAAUAUUUCCGAGCAAUGAAGAACAAUACCAAGCCUGACGAACAAUACAUGAGUGAUAAAAGUGGUUAUUAUCACGAUUCUCUGAUAGUGACAAUGAAGGGGAAUGAGAUUGAAUUAGUGAGAAUUUUGACUAUCUUCACAACAAUCGAUCUUUCAUUCAACAAUUUUAGUGGAGAAAUUCCAAAUGCCGUUGGAAAGCUCAAUUCCCUCAUAGUACUUAAUUUUUCUCAUAACAGUCUUAUGGGUCGUAUUCCUGAAUCUUUGGGAGACUUAACAAGAAUUGAAUCAUUAGACCUCUCUUCUAACCACCUUUCCGGGAGAAUUCCAAGCGAAUUAACAAGUUUGACAUUUCUCGCGGUCUUGAACCUUUCGUGGAACCAUCUCCAUGGACCCAUACCCCAUGGUCCACAAUUUAAUACAUUUGAGAAUAGUUCAUAUGCUGGGAACAUAGGAUUAUGUGGGUUUCCCUUGUCGAAGGAUUGUGAAGAUAAUCGAACAAAAGUGCAGCCACAGGUGUUACAACAAGAGGAAGAUGAUUCAGAUUUUGAGGGAUUUACUUGGAAAAUUGUGGUGAUAGGGUACGGGUGUGGAAUGACACUGGGACUCUUUCUGGGAUCUCUCAUGUUGUUAAUUGGUAGACCUAAAUUCUUGGUGAGAUUUGCUGAAAUACAAAUGCCUAAGAAAGUGACAAGGUCGAGGAGAAUGGUUGGAGACACAAUGGGUAGAAGAAAUUAGCAAACAUUGGUAGCAUUUACAGGUAUGGGCUGCUAAUGCUUUUACAUUUCUUGAGUGUUGAAUUAGUUAAUAACUAUAUAUAUUGUCUAAAUUUUUGUUUGUUAUUUUGUCUGGUAUUACCUUUUGUAGAUAGUAUUCAUGUCUUUUU